AUGUACCAUGUAUUUCUAGGCACCCCUUCAUCGCAAGAGUUGCAUGGACGCCAAUCUGAAUAUCGUUGGGAACGUAUAGGACCCUUACCCGGGCCGGCAGUAUUGGAUGCCCACGUGCCACCGACAUCUGCAGCAUUGGAAGCCGCGACGAAUCAUCGGAUCUCGCAUCUAUAUGAAAACACGAUAUUUCGAGGGGAUGAACAGCUCGAUGACGAAUAUGAAUCAACCAUGAUAACCUGGCCUCCGACGAAUUCUGCAGAUAGCAAAGAGAGAUUACAAACUUCGACUACAUCGUUCCUAGAAACGUCCGCGUUACUGUUAGAGACUCAGGAAAUGCAAGAAACUCAUUAUUCGGAUACCUCAUCUAUCGCUCGCUUCCCGAGUCCUGUCAGCAAGAGCUACAGGCCUUUUAGAAGCAUGGAUGGCAUCGAUAUAGAAACGUGGAGAUAUGUUCCAGACUCGAUAAAGGUGAUGCAGCUCUCCGACUCUUCUCAGGAUGGCUCUUUAAUGGGGUAG